AUGUUCCAGCUGCCCAUCUUGAAUUUCAGCCCCCAGCAGGUCGCGGGGGUCUGCGAGACGCUCGAGGAGAGCGGCGACGUGGAGAGGCUCGGCCGCUUCCUCUGGUCUCUCCCGGUGGCGCCGUCCGCCUGCGAAGUCCUCGGGAAGAACGAGUCUGUCCUGCGCGCGCGGGCGGUCGUGGCCUUUCACGCGGGAAACUUCCGCGAGCUCUACCACAUACUAGAGAACCACAAAUUCACAAAGGACUCACACGCGAAGCUGCAGGCGCUCUGGCUCGAGGCGCACUACCAGGAGGCUGAGAAACUCCGUGGGCGUCCCUUAGGACCCGUGGACAAGUACCGCGUCCGGAAGAAGUUUCCACUGCCUCGGACGAUAUGGGACGGCGAACAGAAAACGCACUGCUUCAAGGAGAGGACGCGGCAUCUCUUGAGGGAGUGGUACCUGCAGGACCCUUACCCGAACCCGAGCAAAAAAAGAGAGCUGGCGCAGGCGACUGGACUCACACCCACUCAAGUGGGCAACUGGUUUAAAAACCGGAGGCAGAGAGACCGAGCGGCAGCGGCCAAGAACAGGCUACAGCAGCAGGUUCUGUCCGGUGGCUCGGUCCGAUCGCUUGGGGACGAUGACACCACAGUGGACCGCCUGGGUCCCGCCUCAAGCCCAGAAGUCAGUCUCUCGAGCAAGGCCGCCACCUCCGCCAUCUCCAUCACCUCCAGCGACAGUGAAUGUGACAUCUAACGUGACAGGCUUCAAAAGAGCAAACAGGAGAACUGUAAGAGACAAUCUAACAACAACAAAACUUUAGUGCCUGCAACCGGCCCAGAGAGAGGCUAAAAUGAAGGAUGGAAAAAAGCGUCACAAUUUUAUUUUCCAUUCGUUGAUGUGAUCAACAAAAUGCGCAGUGCUUCUCACGAAGACAAGUGGGAGUUUUCGAAAAAAUCUUCUGAGGGCCGAACCUAUUGUUGUAUGUGUGCGUGCUUUAUCAUGAAAAGACUGAAUAAUGUUUUAAUGUUCACUUGUCUUUUUAAUAUAUAAAUGAUGUUUAUUUACUUAUUUAAAAUAUCAUCGGCCCCUAGGUCCUUUAUUUGUGUGCUUUUUUAUUAUAAUUUUUGUUGUGCGUAAUGCUGCGCGUCGUGAAAUUUCUGGAAAAAAUAACCAUGAUUUAAAAAAAAGAAAAUAAAAAUAAAAUCACUGUUGAAUUAAGUAACGAUCGCAAAUUCACAGCGGUAUUUUCUUUACGACAUUUAUUCCAGUGUUUCCAGUGUAAAAGUGAGGCAUGCCAUGUUUUAUUUCAUGAUUGUUUUUAAUGUGUCUACACGAAAUGUGAAUGUUAUAUCCUGAAGAACAGAUUUAGAACAGACGGAGAUCAAAUAUGUUGCAUAUUUUAAUGCCUCUCUGGGAGCUCAAUCUCUCUCACACUCGAGCAGUAAUUGGCUAAAAUGCUUCGCGUGGUGUAAUGCGCUCUGACAGCACAGGGUCAGCGAAAGGCCGAGACGCUCUCCCGGAUGUCAACACAACCCAAGCUGUGAUCUCCUGUUUAAAUAGAACCUUCUAGUGUCCCAAACAAGCUGCAGAAAAUACAUUUGUCAAAAGUGGAUGAUAAAUGAAUGCUUUUUUUUUAUUUAUUUAUUGUUUUUCAUUUUACUAUGAUUUUCUUUCGAUACAAAAUUGUUUAUAUUUAUUUAAUAGGCUAUGUAAUUCACAACAUGACUAUAAUUCACACGUGGCUAAUCUAGUGGGUUAAUACCUUGUGGCAUUAAGAUUUACAUAAAUCGACUUUUAGACUAGCUGUAGCCUAACCGUCACAACUUAAUGCUCUUCCCCCCUAAACAUAUCGUUUUUGUAGUUACUCAUUUUCAGAGAGAUUUUUCUUCUUUGUCAAGUGCCAGAACGAUAAAGGUUUUUAUACCCUUCCAAAUAGUUUUUUUUAUUUGGAAGAAUAAUACAUGUUUGUAAAUAUUUCAUAAUAUUUUAAAAGCACGCUAUUCUUAACAAAUCUACUUAAGGUGUUUAUGUCGCAAAUGAGUGAAGGGGCCGGCGCAAAAACACAGCGCCUCUGUUUUCCAACUGCUUGAGGGGUUCACGGCGCGCACCUGGGUUUAACCCGCGCCAUUCAUUAACGCUCCCAAUAAAAAGCACAAGCUGUAUUUUUCAAUCUUCUUUCAGUCUGAACAACGGCGGGGCCAAACCAAGUGUUCCUUCCGAGAAAAAGGAGAAAAUAGGAGCCAAAGCAAGGGAAGGGAAAGGAGCACGGCUUUAUUUAAACACUGGAUAGAGAAUGGUGGAAAAUUUCCGUUUCUUUUGAGCGCUGGGGAGUGCAGGGUGGGACGAUGAAAAGUCUUUUUAGCAGUCAAUAAGGUUGUCAAAUUGGUCAACGGUAAUCAGCACUAAUGACGAGUUGGAGAGGGCCGAGCUAACAAAGGAGCACCCCGCCUUCCCCUCCCCAAAGACUCAGCAUGAAAAAUCUCUGUCCGGGUUGCCAGAGGUAUACAGAAAUCCAAACUUUUUUCAUUUGUGUGAGUGAGUGCGUGGCGCUCUGGGGAGUUCGCUGUCUACAUAUAUGGUUCUAAAAAAACAAUAAUAAAAAAACCAAGAUACCUAAUUUUUACAUCACAAAUGGAUUCCUUUUGAUGCCACAAAGUGCAUGAGAAUUAAGUUACUCGGGAAAUAAAAACCGAAUUCCUUUAUCAUUUUGCAAAUGGAGAGAAAAUGCUCAAAUAAGCCUUAAAAUACACAAUUUAAAACAACGUUUAAUUAAGGGUUUGUAAAGGACGUGUGUACACAUUCGUUCAUAUACCUAUUAUUGCAGCCUCUAGGGAUGGUUUUUUUAAAAAAAAUACAAGUCUUCUAAAUAACCUCUCAGUUAAAGACGAUUUCUCCAGUAUUUGCAUUUGUGUUAGUCUGUCAGUGUGUAAAGAGCUGCGAAUAGAGCAUAACAAUUUGCAACUGCACUUUUUUAAAUAAAAACAAUACACACAAAUAGGACGGUUCAUGUUAACGCCAUGUGUACUUAAAGCAACCAGCAAACAUCUAUUGCAGCAACAACAACAACAAAAAAAUAAGCUUCUGCUUCUUGUAGAACUUAACUAGCUAAGCAUCCUUUUUGAUUUCACAUGCAAAUGUACUCUGAACUCUGUUACACUGAUAAGGUAUUAAUUAAUCACGAUGUGGAUUAAUCGCUUCUACAUGUAUUAUUCUCAUACAUGUAAGUCACAAGGGAUAAAAGCGUCUUCUAAACGAUUAAAUAUAAAACAAACACUUUAGCAUACAGGCCUACUAAGUUAUAGGAAACGUGUAGGGUUCUUAUGUGUGCGUUUGUCUUUGGUCAUAAAUACAUGCUUACGUUGUAGAAUGUGUCUAAUACACCUUUGCUUCUUGCGUUUAUGUAUUUAUUCAGGUUUCACAACUG